AUGGCUUCGUCAGAACGGUCAUACAUCAUCGUCGGCGCCGGGGUAUUCGGCGUGUCCACCGCUUACCACCUCAUCAAGAAAUACCCAGACGCCUCGGUGACACUGGUCGAUAGAGAUGCAUACGACGCGGAAAGCCGCGUAGCAGCAUCCUGGGACUGGAACAAGGUCGUCCGGGCCGACUACGAUGACAUUGUGUACUGCCAGCUGGCGCUCGAGGCCCAGGACAUCUUCAAGUCCGACCCGCUGUGGCAGCCAUACUUCCACGAGACCGGCAUCUACUGGAUCUGCCGCACAGAAUACGCGCAGGAUGUCAUAGACAACUACAAGCGGCUGGGCCGCCAGGCAGAUCUGGCCGCUGUUCCUGUCGAGGAGGCCCGCAAGCUGUACGGCGGCGUGUUCUCGGACGCCGACUAUGAGGGGGCCAAGGCGGUCUUGGUGAACAAGACGAGCGGAUGGGCCGCGGCUGGAGACGCCCUGAGGGCGGUCACAAAGCGGUGCAUCGAGCUUGGUGUCAAGUACAAGGUCGCAGAGGUCCAGACAGUGCAGCUUGACACCAACGGGGACUGCACAGGUGUCCGGCUCGCGAAUGGCGAGAUCCUGCACGCCAACCAGACGGUUCUCUGCUCUGGCGCCUAUACGCCCACAUUGCUCGAAUACAGCGCCGAGAGCAGCGGGCGGCCCAACAUCAGCGCUGGAUCGAGGAUCGUGGCCGGUGGUAUCACGACCGGCAUGACAAAGCUUGAUGAUGAGACGUACAAGACUUAUGCCAACAUGCCUGUCGGCGUUCAGGGCUACACCACAGCGCAAGGCCCGUUCAUCGGCAGUCUGCCGCCAACGAAGGACAAGGAACUGAAGUGGUGGGGGCAAAAGAUUUUUACUAAUGUGCGCGAAGUCCUGCCCGGCCGAUGGCUUUCUGCUCCUCCGGCAGCAAAGGAUUAUGCUCAGUGGGAGGCGUCCAAGAAGCUCAAAGCGGACAUUGACCACGCCAACUCUGUGUUUUACGGAAAGAAGACUGCCAACUGGAAGAUGGAGAAGCACCGGAUUUGCUGGGACGCUUUCACGACGAGCUCAGACUUCAUCAUUUCCCCGCACUCUGCAGCCAGGGGUCUUUACGUCGCAACCUGCGGCUCAUUCCACGGCUACAAGUUCUUCCCGGUUCUCGGCAAGUACAUUGUGCAGAUGCUCGAGGGUGGCCUAUCGCCCCAGCUUGCUGACAAAUGGGGCUGGGAUCGCCAGCGUCCCGAUCCCGUUCUCAACCCCGACUGGCCGAGGGAGGAGAUGAAGGCUCUGACGGAGCCUGUGAGGACAUCGAAGCUAUAG